GUUCUGGGCGCUUCAAACGACUGCGCAAAGCAGUCGAGGAAGGCAAUUCAUCACCACCAGUUGAUUUGCGUUACCUCAGGCGACCAUUGGCUCGGUUGGAUGCUGAAAGUUGCCGGGCUCGCAUAACUAGCUUUUUGGAAGAGAUCUACCAAAGCGUGGCAGAGAACCUACCGGACGUCAAAGACUCCACUGCAGAUGAUGUUGAGUUGACUUUGCACACAGCAGAUGGAAUCGAAGAGGACCAAUACACUGUGGCAUUGAGCGAGGAUGCUUUGGUGAGCGUGCCAGCGCCUCCAGGGAGUGGCAAGAAAAGGAUUCGUACUUCUAUCAAAUCUGUGAAGAUCAGUGAUGACCGACACCCCUCCAAAUCGAUGUUGGAGAUCCGCUGGCUGCCUCCCGGUCGAAUAAUCGACUACUGGAAUCAGCUGCGCGCUGCGCACCCCAGUGAGAAGGUGGCAUUUUCAUAUUUCUGGAAAGUUUGGUACGAGGAGUACCCUCAUUUGAAGUUCCGUUGCGAGUCCUCCCACAGCGUACGCAGCACCUGUGUCCGCCACAGGGCGCUUAUCAAAGGGUUGGGCUCGCACCUCAACGCGCGCACAGCUCAGAUCCUCAAAUAUACUGAGCAUCUUAGGAUGCAAUACCGCGAUCGACAGAUCUAUUGGUCUGAUCGCGGCCAAAGCCGACUCCGUGGAUCUGUUAUUUCUGUCAUAAUCGACUCGAUGGACCAAGCGAAAUUUGCACUGCCAAGGGGAAGCGCUAUGAAAUCCAAAGACCUCUCAGGUCUGAACCGUCCCAAGUGCCACAUCACCGCCGCUUUGGUGCAUGGCCACUGUCUAUUAAUAACAGUGAGCGAUCAGGACAUCCAGAAGUCAUCGUCUACCAUGAUAGAUAUUUUAGCCCACACGCUCACAAUGUUGCAGCUUCGUGGAGUGCCGUUGUCGGCCUGCACCCUGAAGGUGCAGGCCGACAACACUGUUCGGGAAAUGAAGAAUAAUCCCUUUUGCCGCUUUUUGGGAUCCAUGGUGGCGCACUCAAAGCUGGCGAGUGCCUCGCUCACCAAUUUGGUGAGCGGGCACUCGCAUGAAGACAUUGAUCAAGUAUUUGGCCAAUUGGCGCAGUGGCUGAUCAAAACUUGUAGGACCGCAGAGUGCCCAACCGACUUCACCCAGGCCAUUGACGCUUGGCUUGCCCAGCUUCCACGACCUCACGAGAAGGGCCGUCACUGCGUGAGGCUGUCCUGUGUGCGAGACUGGAUCUUUGCCUUCAAUCAGUCGGAUUGA